ACAGGUGAUGACUGUGUUUUCCCCCUUUACUGGAAAUCUUAUUUCUUGUGUAGUGGAAUUGGGGUGGUUGAUAUUUUUUUCUUGGAUCCUUUUCUCUGGAGCUGAGUUACUGGUCUAAAGGCUCCAACCUUUUCUGCAAAUCAAGGUAAUCGAGUUCAUAAGAAUUCUUCUCAUCAAUCUGGUUUGGGAUUCAUCUCCUUGCUGCUUUGAGGAUUUCUUGUGAGUUACGAAUCCGAAUAGUUGGAGCCUCAUAUAGCACGGAAUCACCCACAUCGAGACAGAAAAAUGGUGAUCAGUCAUGCCCGUCGCUAGGCACCGUAUUUGAUUGGAGGAAGAAGAUGGAGAAAGCCUUUGUUACCGGCCUGAAAGAUAACAAGGGGAACGAGGAUUCAUCACGAAACAAGGAUAUCUCGGGAGAUAAUGGAAUGGGAUAUUCCGAACUGAAGUUGAAGAAGCUGGUGAGAAAGGUAAAUCCAUGGCAUGCUUCGAUAUCGAGUGUUAAAAGCUUACAAGGUGGAAAGAGUCUUAUAAAGGAUUCAUUCCGACGGAGUAUUUCCGGCAUAAGUAGUAAGAUUCCGAGGCAUGUCGUCACUCUAGACGAGAAAUAUCUUUGUCGUUGCCUGGAUUUGAUUCAGAUCAAUGCAGCAAAAGCAGCUCAAUGCAACAUCUCUGUGAAUUUGAGCUCUCUAAACACUGGUAUUUUAGCCGAUGGACUGAAUCCAACUAAAAUCCCAGAUGAAGAUGCAAGCGAUUUUGGCAGGUUUGUUUUCGACUGUCCACUCGAUGCUGAGACCAGUAAUGUCGUCAUUGGUCCGGUGGAUCCAUGGGUCGUAGGUUCUAUAAUGGGCAGCAGGAGUAUGGCAACUAUAUUGAAGAGCCCGUUGUUAAAGAAGUUUGGUGCAUUGGAUGUUGAUCCGAGUUCGAAUGAUGUUAAAGGAUCAACAAUAAGUUACGAUUUCACAAGCUCUCCUGGUGUUUUCAUGAAUUAUUCCUCCAAUAAGCUCGGAAGUGAAGCACCGGUAUCAAAUACUCGUAAAUAUGGAUCUGAAACUGUGCAGAAAAGGCUUGUUUCGGUGUCAAGUUCGAACUCGACAUGCUCCGAUCAGUCCUUUUCUUCUACUUCUUCAACGAUUUCGCAGGGAAUGCUUCAAUGCACAUGGAAGGGUGGGAUUCCGUAUUUUGUUUUCUCCUUGGAUAAUCAGGGAGAGGUAUAUGUAGCUAACCUCUCGAAGGAGGGGUCAGUUCGGAAUAAAGGUCCGGGCUAUACGUACUUGUUCCGUUCCAGCAAGGGUAGCCGUAUGGAACAUGGGACUAGUGAUAACGAGCUACAUCUUGUUGGUAAGAUGAAGGUAUCUACUUCUUUCUCCAUCGGCCCCCAAGAUUCUAACAUCAUGGAGACGGAGUUUGUUUUGUUCGGUGGCAACAGAACUUUUAGUCCGGAUCUGCAAACUUCGAGCCAUAACCACAGGAAGAAUAAGGGUCUAACGAGAAAGGUGUCACAAAUAUUCAAGAGUGGUCCUUUGUCCAAGCAGGGAACAAUGUCUAGAUUUCGUCGAUCAGUUUCCUUGAUCGAAGGCUCUUCUUCGGAUCCAUGCCAUGAUACGCUCAACAAUUCUGAUGCACUAGAUGACACAGAUCUUUUAGAGGAACAACUUCCAUCGAAUUCUGAAUUGCUUGCUAUUGUCUCGAACCAUCAUUUCCCCGAAAAUCCUCAUUCGGAACUCGGAGGUUGGGGCUUAAACUUUCUCAGGAAAACAGGGAUUAAGCAAAAGGUUGACCCUACGGAAACCCUUGUUCGUUCUGCUUGUUCUCGUGAUACCGGUGGUUGCUCAACAAGUAUGGGCAUUAUAGUUCCAGCAGGUAUUCAUGGUGGUCCAAGAAUCCGAAACUGCGGCCCCUCGAGCCUUAUCGAAAGAUGGAGGUCUGGUGGACAUUGCGACUGUGGUGGCUGGGACUUGGGAUGUCCGCUGACGGUACUUAAAGGCAGAUCAAAUAAAGGAGUCUCGUCUCCAAGUGAAACAUCCGUGGCCUGCAAGUCAUUCGAUUUUUUCAUUCAGGGUUCCCAGCAAAGUUGGCCGACAUUGAGCAUAUCAAAUGUUCAUGAUGGCCUGUAUUUCAUUCAUUUUCAACCUACACUCUCAGCUCUACAGUCCUUGUCGAUAGCAGUGGCAUACAUCCAUACGAAAAAUGUACAGCAGUCGAGGUAGCGCGAUUGUAGUCGUAACCGGCCCCUUACAAUAUUGAGAUUUAGGUAGAACUCGAGAUUGUUAUUUUUUCAUGUUUUGUUGACUGUUGUUGAAGAUUGUUACGUUACCUAGGCUUUGAUUCCUCAUAAACAAUGGUACAAUGUAUUUUGCACAUUUUGAUCCAAUGCAUAAAUUUUGGAUGGA